AUGAUUUAUUUAGCAAUAAUUUUGGUGCUACUUGUGCUUUUGUAUUUAUAUAAUGUAAGGAAUUUCGAUUACUGGAAAAAAAAAGGCGUGGUGUACGCGAAACCAAUUAUAUUUUUUGGAUGUGCUGCGAAAAUGUACCUGUUACUCGAAAGUGCUGUCACAAGUUUAACUAAUUUUUAUUUCGAGCAUCCCAACGAAAAAUUUAUUGGAUCAUUUCGAUCGACUGCUCCAUCAUUGGUCCUCAGAGAUCCAGAGAUGGUAAAGCAGGUUAUCAUCUCCGACUUCGUUUACUUUCAUGAACGUGGAAUUGUACCAGGUAAAUCACUAGAGCCCAUGUUUAUGAAUUUAUUUUUUGGAGAAGGUGACUUAUGGCGAUUAUUAAGACAACGACUAACACCAGCAUUUACCAGUAGUAAGUUAAAAGCAAUGUUUCCUUUAAUAGUUGAACGUGCUGAGCAUUUGCGAGCACGAACUCUAAAAGCUGCUGUCAAUGGUCAUGCAAUUGAUGCACGCGAUUUGAUGGCUCGAUAUACUACUGACUUUAUUGGCGCUUGUGGUUUUGGCCUAGAUGCAGACUCACUCAAUGACGAAGAUUCUGCAUUCAGAAAAUUAGGUGUUAAUAUAUUUACAUUCAGUUUUCGAGAUGGUGUUGUUAUAUUAUUGAAAGAUAUGUUCCCAACUCUUACACGAAAGUUAAGAAUAAUGGGAAAAAUCGAAAAUGAAUUGACUACAUUGGUAAAGGAAAUUAUACGGAAAAGAAAUUAUAAACCUUCCGGAAGACAUGAUUUCAUUGAUUUGUUAUUAGAAUGCAAAAACCAAGGUACUGUUAUCGGUGAAUCAAUUGAAAAUUUUAAUAAAGACGGAACACCAAAAGAAGCCAAACUAGAAUUCGACGAUAUAAUUAUAGCGGCACAAGUGUUUGUAUUUUUCGCAGCGGGCUUUGAAACGUCUUCUUCAGCCACAAGUUAUACAUUACAUCAACUUGCUUAUAAUCCAGAAGUACAAGAAAAACUACACAAAGAAAUUGACACUGUACUCGCUAAAUACAACAAUAAGCUUAGUUAUGAUGCUAUUAAAGAAAUGACAUAUUUAGAGUGGUCAUUUAAAGAAGCGAUGAGAAUUUUUCCUUCUCUUGGAUAUUUAUCGAGAGUAUGUAGAAGAAAAUAUACCUUUCCAGGAGAUAUAUUAACUAUUGAUGAAGGAGUGAGUGUUGUAGUUCCAAUUCAAGCUUUUCAUAUUGAUCCACAAUAUUGGGAUAAUCCUCAAGAGUUUAGACCAGAACGGUUUCAUCCUGAUGAAUUUAAUGAAAUUCAAAAAAGCAUUUAUCUUCCAUUUGGCGAUGGACCUCGCAAUUGUAUAGGAGCCCGCCUCGGAUUAAUGCAAUCUUUGGCUGGUUUGGCUGCGAUAUUAUCGCAGUUCUCUGUAAAGCCUGCACCAGAGUCUAAGCGUCAACCCACUGUGGACCCUACCUCGCAUGUUGUACAGAGUAUUAAAGGAGGCCUACCACUUUUAUUCUGUGAAAGAAAGAAUGUAAAAUUAUGUUAA